GGUGGGGGAGAGCGUCCGAGCAGCCAAUGAGCUGUGAGCGCGGCGAGGACGGAGCCGCCCAGUCCGCUCCGCCCCGCCCCGCCCCUCGCCCUGCCGGGGCCGCGUCCUGGCACGGAGCAGUGCGUAGCAGGGUGAGUGUGUUUAACCCGGCCCACCGGAGCCCUGUGCCCGGCCUCUUGACCCCACAACCUGAGGGGACACAGGGCGGGGCUGGUCACUGCAAUUUAAUCUGACCCCAAGGGCGGGGGGAGAGCGAGGGGUGCUGAGUGGGACUUCUCCUUCUCUCGGAAGCUCCAAGUGGAAAGGGAGGCGCGGGGCUUUCUCUGAACUUGGCAGAUGACUCUCGGUGGAACCCCCCGUAAGCUGGAAACUAAGGAAUAGAAAUGAAGAAUACAUAACUUGUCUAAGAUAUAAACUAACAGUGACACAGAAGGUAUUGUUUUGGAAGAUUCAAUGUUCUAUAUUUCUUGUCCAACUACCAUUCUGUUCUGGAAACCUACUCUAACAAGUGUCUGGAUUUCAAAGUUUGUUCCUCCCACCCCCGAGCCCCAAGAAAAUAAAUAAAUGGAGAAAAAGAAAAUUUUGAUGAGAUCCAAAGUGGCUGCUUCAAACCUUCUGAGUGCCUUACAUUCUCUCUAUCAAUUUGGUCAUUUCUGUGAUGUAAUUGUUCAUACAGUACAUCUUGGAAUCCAGGAAGAGUUUUUGGUACAUAAAGCAGUCUUGGCUGCUUCAAGCAACUAUUUUAAAGGCCUUUUUCUAAGUGAUGAGAUGUCAGAUAUUAAGAGAUGCACUGUUGUUUUAGAUGACAUUUACACAGAGGAAUUCACAUCCUUUCUGGAAUUCAUCUAUACUGCAAAAAUUGAGAUUGAACCAGAGAAACUGCAUCGAAUGAGAGAGGUGGCAGAGAGACUUGAAUGCAAGGACCUGCUUGACAUUUGUGAGGAAAUGAAAACAGAAAGUAAAAUGAAUAGCUUGGAUUUAAGUCUCCAUUUGAAAACUCUGGUGUGUGAAAAUGGUGGGGCUUCAUGGGUCUGUGAUCAGCAUGCUCAUCAGACCAAACUCAGUGAUUCUUCACCAAUAGUAGUGGCACCUGUGAAAAGAAAACUCUGGGAUAUGCAGAAACACAGAACAUUGUUAACAGGCAGUUCAGAUCAAGCUUGCAUGGUUGUAACUGAUGUGAAAAGUGGAAUAGCCAAGAUAGUGAAGCAGAAAAGAACAAAACCCACUGAGAACUAUAACACAGAAGUAAUCAAUUCAGAAGGGCAAAAAAGCCACCCUUCUUUGUGUGGGUUGGAGGCCAAAGAAGAUUGUUUAGUCAUCAGGAAUGUAUUAUCUGAGCGAGAUGAGGAUGAGAAUUCUCAUAUUUCCCAGCCUCUGAACUCAAAUGAAUGCAGCAACAUACUGCAGGAUUUGCCUCAGGUGUCUACAAAAACCUAUGAAUGUGAAAAAUGUGAACAAUCUUUCCCUUUCAUCAAAUCAUAUCAGGCACACAUGGACAUUGAACAUGGGAUUAAAGUUGUCAUCAAGUACAGCUGUAAUGUGUGUGACCAACUUUUUUCCAAUCGUCAGAACCUCCGGCAACACCGACUCACAGUUCAUAAUGAUGAACGGCAUUUCCCUUGCAUGUUUUGUGACAAGAAGUUUAAACGUCAAAAGGACAUAAAAUGUCAUGUACAAAGAGUGCAUGAAAAGAAAAGGAAUCCUCAGGCUUGUCCCUACUGUGACAAGGUCAUCUCUUCCAAAUGUGGCCUGACUGUUCACAUUAGAACCCACACAGGAGAAAAACCUUAUAGAUGUGGCUAUUGUGCUGCAAGUUUUGCCCAGAGGUCUGCUUACAAUACUCAUGUAAGAAAAAUACAUGAAUCAAAACAAGAUAGAAAAACUAUGCCAGUAUAUUGGAUGGUUGUUCCACCUCCUAGCAGAUCAAAGACAGCAGACUAUGAAAUAGAUUUCACUAAAGAAACAUGGGAACAGUCUUCAGGUAAUAGUUUACCAUUGGGAACCAGCAACAAAGACACCCUCAACUAUGAAGAUGCUGGCAAUUCAUCUAAUGCAAUUGAUUCUAGUAAUGAAACAGAAAAAAAGGAAAAUGAAAAAAAUGAUGACAGAGAAACUGAAGUGAAUAAAGGAGAUGAGGAUGAAAAAUCAAGUGUUAAAGGAGAAGAGGAAGGAGAUUAUGAUGCUGGUUUUUCUGAAGUAGAAAUGAAUGAUAGCAAAGAUAAUGAAGUUGUCUGUACAGAUGAUGACUUUUCAAAUGAAAAAGAUGCAGAAGAUAAUGAAUCAGAUGAAAAUUUUAAGAGAAAGGAAGUAAAUAAUAUGACAGUAAUGAAGAAGCCAACUUAUGUUAUAACUUGUGAUAAGUGUGAUCAACAGUUUGUAUCCCGGAAAAAAUAUGUGGAUCACUGUAAAGAUGUACAUCAGUCCCUUCCUGGAAAAGUCUAUCAGUGUGAUAUCUGUAGCAAAUCCUUCGCUAGUUAUAAUAGUUGUAAAGAGCAUCGAGCGUGUGUGCAUACAGAAGAGAGGCAGUUUGCUUGCACUCUCUGUAAUGCUACUUUCAAACGAAAGAGAGAUGUAAGAACACAUUACAUGCGAAAGCAUGAAGGAAGAGUAAAACGACCACUUUGUUCAGUGUGUGGCAAAAUUUUGAGUUCUAGAACAGCGCUGGUAUUCCAUAUGAGAACCCACACAGGAGAGAAACCUUAUGAAUGUGGUGUCUGCCAUGCUAAAUUUGCUCAACCAUCCCAACUUAAAAUUCACACAAGGUCUCAUACUGGAGAAAAGCCAUAUAUUUGUGAGGAUUGUGGAGCUAGCUUUGCAGAUAAAGGAAAAUUAAAUGGCCACAAGCGGACUCAUACAGGAGAACGUCUCUUUAAAUGUGAUGUCUGUGGAAAACAUUUUGCCACCAAUGAAUACUUAAAAUGCCACAAACGAUGUCAUAUGGGAGCUAAGCCUUAUAAAUGUGAUGUGUGUGGAAAAACAUUUGGAUUGAGAGCCUCCUUAGCUCAACAUAGCAAUGUUCAUGCAGAAACUCGUCCAUAUUUCUGUGAACAAUGUGGGAAAACUUUCACUCAGCAAGGAGCUCUUAGACGCCAUCAGCGCAUUCACACAGGAGAAAAACCAUAUAAAUGUCGGGCUUGUGAGAGAACUUUUACAGACAUGUCGACAUUGAGGAGGCACGUGUCGAUCCAUGAUCGAAACGCACAUUGGAGAAGUUUCCUGAUAGAUCUUACUACUAAAAAAGACCACAACUGGUCAAAAAUUGAGACCUUAUCAGAUGUGUGUAUGAGUGAGGAACCAACACCUGAAAUUUGGUCAGUUGACCAAGGUAGACUAUAUAAACCAGAGAAUGCAAUUGUGAAAACUGCUAAUGUUAUAUCCAGUAGUGUUACUACUAGUGCCAAUAACCAUUCCUUGGUAUAUAUGUAAAAAUAAAACCUGUCUUGAUAAAGCUGUUUAUAUGUUACAAUCACAUAACAUGAUCAAGAAUUUAAAUCUUACUUCAACUAUAGAUGUUUCAUUUUGAUUAUAUAGCAAGCCAUUUGAUUUUUUUAGGAGUGAUAUAUGACUCAUCAGUAAAAAUAAGUUUGUUUUAAUAGGUUUCAGUUCUUGGAACUUUUAUUCACAUAUUAUAAAUGCAUUAUGCCAUUAGUAAUCCUUUUAUAUUAAAUUCUACAUACCAUUUAUAUAAACUAUUACAUUUAUGUUUAUACUUAUAUUAAUCUAAUUCUAGGGGACGCAAUAUGGUAUUAGUUAUACAGUGACUAAUUUAUUUGUAUAUAUUUAUAGAAUAGUUUUUAGAAGCUUUCAGACUAUAAAAAUAUGAAAUAUUCAUGCAAUGGUAGGAUUUAGAGAGUUUUUUGAAAUGAAUAAAAAUGGGAAGUGAAAUUUUACCUUUUACUUGACUGAUAUUGAUGUGGCUGUUUUAUAUUUUAUAAACAUCUUAUUUGAAUCUUUAAAAUAAGCAAAUAGUAUGAUGUGUAAUAAGUCUCUUACAAUGCAAACUAAUGUUAUAUUAUAGAAAUUCAUGAAUUUGUAGUUUUAUAAAAACUUACCAGCAGUUUAGGACAUCACAAAAGAAAAUACAAUUUUAGUGUCACAUUUGUAUUUUACCAUUUCUUUAACAUAAUCUGAAUCAUAUAUUAAGGUUUAUCUAAAUUCAACAAGGAAACUGCAGCUUAAAGCCUUGCCAAAGGUCAUAGAACAUUGAAACACUUACGUAAUUUACAAACAUUUAGAUUGCCAAUGGUGUUCAUUUAUUUUUAUGAAAUCAUUCUGUUCUGAUUGAAUACCUGUUUUAGAGCUUUUGAAAUGACUUUUUUCUCUUUACUGAGUAAGAUAUUUUUCUUUAAGGCUACAAGCCAGUAGAAUUCUUUGAAUACAGUAAUGACUUCAGGACAGUAUGACAGUAGCAAAUGCCUUCAUUUUUUAGCUAGGUGAUAAAUAUUUCUUGAAGAUGUACUGCUAACUGUCAAAGGAGCAGGCAAAU